AUGGCUUCGUCUCAAAGCAAGGACCUUCCGUUUUCCUCGUACUUUUCUGCGUUUGCAGCAAAUUAUGUUCAGCAAACUGGACGAAGCACACGUCGCGUCUUUGGAGAAUCAUUUGAAGAGAUUCAGGCAAUCAAGCCUAUUAACAAAGACUCUGUGGUGCACGACAAUGCCGCUGGGCCUGGAAUAGCUACUUCAUUUAUCCUUGAAAAGUUACCGGCCGAGGAUGUUCCCAAGAUUCUAGUGACGGACAAUGUGCCUCCUAUGGUCCAAGGGGCUAAAGAUUCUUUCACAUCCUGGUCUCAGGUUGAAUCUAAGAUACUCGAUUCACUCAACCUGGAGGGGAUUUCCGACAAUCACUUUACGCACAGCAUCCUCAACUUUAGCGUUUUCACCCUCGCUGAGCCUGUUAAGGGUCUCAAGGAAAUGUACCGCUCGCUCAGGCCAGAUGGUCUAGCCGUCAUCUCAUGCUGGAAGACCUUCGGCGCUGGUCAACUUAUUCACGCCGCCCAAGCCAUCGUGCGACCUGACCUGUCCCCUCUGAAGAUGCCCCACCCUGAGUUCUUCGAGCAAGGCGUGCUGGAAAAGACUACAGCCGAAGCUGGUUUUGACUCUGCCAAGUUUAAGCUUUUGGAGAAGAGCAUUGUUGUCAGCGGUCCUGAACUUGACGACGGGUUGAAGAAAUUUAUGCUGGGACCUUUAAUGGCGCCUGCUCGGGCUGGGUUUACCGAGGAGGAUGAGAAUAAUUGGCCUUCAGCUGUUGAUGAGGUUAUCAAGAAGGCGGUUGAAACUCAUGGAGGAGUCAAGUUUGAUGGAUGGGUUCUUCUGGCUCAAAAGUAA